AUGGCGCAACUCAGAAUAACGCUUCCAAAGAAUCCACCAAGUCGGCUUUCGAACGUUUCCGGAGGCUCGUUCUUCGUGAAGCCAGAGAAUGGAGCGAAACCCGCAGACGAAAACCGUGAAAGCAGUCCUUCGACAUCACAAGCUCAAGUGUCGUCCAAUUCGGUCAAAGACCUGAAACCAUCCGAAAUUGUUGAAUUUUUGAAUCAGCAUAUCGUGGGCCAGUUAGAAGCUAAAAAGGCUGUGGCUAAUGCGCUAAGAAGUCGCUGGAGACGGCAACAAUUAAGGAAUGACGAGCUGAAAGAUGAUAUUGCUCCAAAAAAUAUAUUAAUGAUUGGACCAACGGGUGUGGGAAAAACAGAAAUUGCAAGAAGAAUGGCGAAAAUAUUGGAUGCACCAUUCAUUAAGGUUGAAGCGACAAAGUACACUGAAGUUGGAUUUCAUGGUCGCGAUGUGGAUACUAUAAUCAAGGAUCUUGUUGAACUUGCCGUUAGACGACAAUACAUCAGACUCGAAGCUGAGUUCUUUCCACAAGCUCAGAGAUCAGCAGACGAACGAAUUCUACAAGCUUUGACGGGUCAAUUAACAAUCGAGGCUGAUGUUGAGAUGUAUGAAAGCUUGCGCUUGGGACGUUUGGACAAUCAAGUUGUUUCCGUCGAAGUUCCCUAUUCGAUGACGGGAGGAGGGGGUCUCUCGUCUGAUCUCCCAGAUUUCUCUUCCGGAAACAACUCAACUGAUUUCACUCCAUUCACAUCAUCAGGCUCUCAAUUCUGGAAUCCUUCAUCGGGAGGAAAUGGCGGAUGGAGAAGCAGCGCAUUUGGCUCCUCGCGAACACGAGAAAGGUUGGAGAAGCGUACGAUAUCUGUGAAGGAGGCCCGCGCUGUUUUAGCAAAUGUCGAAUUUGCUCGAAUGAUUGGGUCAGUUGCAAAGUCAAGGAUUACUCAACAAGCAAUCGAAGCAGUUGAACAAGAGGGAAUCGUUUUUCUAGAUGAAAUUGACAAGAUCUGUUCCAAUAAGUCGCAUGCCUACAGCGGCCCCGAUGCCUCAGCUGAGGGUGUUCAACGGGAUCUUCUUCCCUUAAUUGAAGGCACCACGAUCAAUACGCGCUAUGGAAACGUUAAAACCGACCACAUUCUUUUCAUUGCCUCCGGGGCGUUCCACAGCGUGAAGCCUUCCGACAUGAUGGCAGAAUUGCAGGGACGCUUACCCGUUCGUGUUGAGCUGAAACCAUUGACUGAAGGAGACUUUAGGAAAAUCCUGACUGACACAAGGCACAAUCUUCUGGAACAAAAUAUUGCUCUAUUGGCAACAGAAGGGGUUACACUUCUUUUUGAACCUGCUGCCACCAACGAAAUAGCCCGAGUUGCGUAUGAGGUGAAUUCGUUUGUGGAGAAUAUUGGGGCCCGCCGGUUGGUAACAAUUAUUGAAAAAAUUAUGGAAGAAAUUAGUUUUGUUGCUCCAGAAAUGGAAACCGGAUCUCUGGUCCGGAUCACAGAAGACGUUGUUGGUCGUGCUGUCCAUCCCAUGACUCAGAACUCAGAUUUGCACAAACCAACAGCAUACUUUCUAAAAUGGGGAGAAGCAGCCCUCACUCCCUUCAAUAUCUAUGACUACUAUCAAGAACAGCUAGCUUCUGGAGGACUUCACAUCAAAGAGAGAAACAAUGAUUUGGACGAAACUGAAGGUGUGGAAAUGCCGACGUGA